UCCAGUCGACAGAUAUCAAUACAGUGCAAGCCUGGAAGCGCUGAAAUGUUGCCGAUACUACUUCGGUAAGGUAACUCGCAAGACUCUUAACUCAGCAGGUUAAUACACUAUAACAAUGACCUCCUCCACCAACAACAUCUUGGACCUACCGGCGGAGCUUUUGGUGCUCAUUGUACGGUUCCUAGAAGAUGAAGACGUCUUUACACUCCGCAUCGUAUCCCGGACAGUCGAGCAGACCGUCUUUAAGUACUUCGCAAAACGCUUCUUCCGCAAGAAAGGCUUCAUGAUCACAACCCCCAGCCUAGACGUCCUCCAACAGAUCUCGCAGCAGGACCAACUCAAACCCUACGUCCAACAUGUCUGGUUCAAUCCAGACUGCUACACCUACGUGGAGCCGGACUGUGCUCCCGAAGCCGUUGACGACGAUACCGGCUGGCGCCGUCACCGACGGCCAGAAGACGAAGCCAAGUACAAAGCCUACUUGUCUUGCCAUAGUGACCAUAUACGGCUGCUCCGUAAACCCAGCAAAGGGCUGGAGAACCUGCUGACUACCGCUCUCCAGCAACUGCCGAACCUCAAGAUCAUCGGUAUGCGGCGCUCGGAAGAUCACAAGCCGUGGGGUUGGCGUACGCUCAAAGACUCCAUAGGCGAGGAUCCUCGUGUGACCGGUCCUACACCGAGUGGUCCACAGUACAGCUUAUCUGGCCCGACCUUGCUUUUUCUCUUCCUCGUGCGUGCCGUAGCCGCCUCGAACAUAGUAAUAAGACGCUUCUACACCGACGCCAUCGAGCUUGACAAUAUCCGUCCAGCCCAACUCCCACAAGACUUGCUCUCGAAAGCCUGCAGCAGUAUCUGGUACCUCGAAAUCAACAUCACUAAAGCCUGGCUAGCCAACAGCGACAACCACGUGCUAUGCGACACCCUGGACGAUCCCGCUUCCUACGGCCGCGGCCUCAUCAGCCUCCUCCGCGCAACAACCAACCUAAAAGAACUCGGCCUCCAACUCUUCCCCGACCAACGAAGUCUCCGCACCCACAACCUCGCCUACCAACACCCCUCCGACUGGCAAAAGACAUAUCCCUACCUCUGCUUCACCGCCCUCGCCUUAAACGUCCAACUCGUCCACCUAACCCGCAUAAAACUCGAACGCAUAAUCACGCGCUCCGACACCCUAAUCUCCUUCCUAAUCCCCAGCGCCCCCCACCUCACUAGCCUAAAACUCCGCGACAUCCGCCUCCUCUCACACAGCAACUUCCGUGAGCCUUGGCGCAAAUUCUUAACCUUCUUACUCGACUCCUGUCCCCAACUAAAGUACAUGUUCUUCUACCGCCUCCUCCACAGUCGAGGCGGAAUCUCGUUCCUCGAGAACCCGCCCUUGCCUCUCCCACUCUCUGAAACGGACCCCACCACUGGAGCGCCAAAUCCGUCUUUCAGUGAAGGUGAGGAAACGGACGCGCAGGAGUUCUUCCUCAAGUACGAGCAUAUCGCUCUUCGCGCGAGUGGGAGGGAGGAGGUGAGGCGGAAGUUGGAGGUGGUGAGGGAGCGGCACUGGUACCUCAAACCGAUUAUGGGGUAUCAGUUGGAUGAAGAUCUGUGGCACACUGAUACUAGCGAUGAGGAGUGGUGAUGAAGUAUGGCAGCACGCGUUGCUGACUGCUCGCGCUAUUACGCUGAUUACGCGAUGUUGAAUGCUAGAACGCACACGCUCGCCCAGCUCACC